AUGGAUCUGGCAGUGGACCCAGCCAUGCAGCCAGUCAUGGACCCAGCACCAGUGCCGGCACAGCCGUCCAGGUCACAGUUGGCCUGCAACACCGAUGAGUCAGAGGCACCCGAUGCAUUGCUCCCCUGCACCGGUGUCUUUCUUGAAGCUGGAAAGACAUGUGCCCUUUGUCCCAAAGACCUCGAGUGUGGUAUCCUGUACUGUGCACCAUCAGAGGAAAUAGCUGCUCAUGAAAAUUGCUUGCUGUAUUCUGCAGCACUGGUGGAAUAUGAAAAUGAUGAUUCAAAAAAUUAUUAUAGAAGUUUUGAUAUGGAAGUAGUAAAGAAAGAAAUCUUUAGAGGAAGGAGGUUGAAAUGCACAUUUUGUCAUAAAAGAGGAGCCACCAUGGAAUGUGAUGAAAAAACCAGUGCCAAGAAUGACCACUUUUUCUGUGCCAAGAAUGACCAUGCCGUUCUACACACUGAAUCUGGAGGAAUUUAUAAGGUGUUUUGCCAACAACAUGAUCCAUCAAAAGGAAUUCAAUCUAGCCCACUGUCAGUAAUGCCUUUGUCUCAUGUCUUCCAUCCUCACUACACUCAGAAUACUACACCAAGACAAGCUCAUUUUUCAGGAGUGAAAAGAAAAAGAGAAAGGAAAAAAGGUCUCUCAACAAGAAAUUCUGUACAGCUACCUGAACCAAUGAUGUUAAAUAGGUCCAUAAAACCAAUGAAAUGGGAGGAUGUCAGACACACAGAUGUGAGGGCAGGUGUGAAAGUUGCUUUUCUUAAGAAAUAUAAGGAAGCAGGACUUCUUAAUGAUUUGUUUGAAGAAAUAUUAUACAAACUUAAUUUGAUGCAAGACAGACUCAUGGAUGAGACUACUUCAGAAUCAGACUAUGAAGAAUUUAGGACUUCACUUUUUGACUGUAGAUUAUUUGAAGAUGCACUUGUACAUUUUCAAGAAGCAUUAGAGAAUAACUUCCAUCAAUUUGAAGAAAAACGGCAGCAGCUGAAAGAAGAAAUUGAGCUACUUCAGGACUGAAAACAAACCUUGUGCUCUGUUCAAGGAAAUAGAGACCAUAGGUCAAGUCCUACUUCAAUAUCUUCUCUAUCUUCAUAA